CCUGCACAACAAAGAACCUGCAGACAGUUUUCACUCAGCCCUGACUGACUGAACCCGAGGAGGUCAGAGGUCAGGUAAACAGCUGCUGUCUGAGUCCAGAGGUUUGAUUCUGUCACAGAGAAGAAACGUGACCCAGCUUGAUUUUGUGAAAUAAUAGAAAAUCCUGUAACUGUUUGCAUCUGAACCAAGCUCAGUGUGACAGAGGAACCUGGAUCUGAACAUGAGACGUGUCGGGGCUGUGGUCGUUUUGGCUGUGUUGUGUGUGUGUGAUGCUGUUAGGUUCGGUCAGCUCUGCAGUGGAAACUCAGCAAACACCAGACGGACAUUGGACAGUUGGGGUCACGGUCACUAUGGAGCCAGACGGGGAACCCGGGAACAUAAAGGUCUGGACAUCGUGUGCAGCGACGGCUCAAUCGUCUACGCUCCGUUUGACGUGACCCUCGAAGGACGACUCACCGUCUACACCGACACCAAGAAGGCCGCCAUUAACAACGGCAUCAACCUGCGAGGAGAAGGUCUGUGCUUCAAGCUGUUCUACGUGAAUCCGGACCGAACCUUAGGCUCGGUGAGGAAGGGUCAGCGAAUCGGCACCAUGAUGCCCAUGCAGAGUGUUUAUCCAGGAAUCACGUCACACGUCCACGUCCAGAUGUGUGACAAGAGUGACCCCACGCAAUACUUCUGACAGCCUCACGGGGAGCUGACGGCAUCACUGGCUCUGCCCACACUGAUUCGUCUUAGUUUGAAAACUCUGGUUUUGUGUUUUGGUCUGAACACAAACUGAGACUUUAGUAAACGAUGACGCUUCUUCCUGAUUGGCUCUCAUUAGUCACAUUCAAGAUUCAAGAUGUUUAUUGGUCAUGUACACAAUAACAGACACAGCGGUUUAUUAUUGGGUAAUGAAAUUCCUUUUUUGCAACUGCCCGACCAUUGAUCUAUGCUUACUAAUAUAAAGAGAAAAAAAGAAGAAAUAUAAUAAAUACAAAAUAUAAAAUAUAAAGUGCAUAAGUCAAACAAAAUAUAUAAGUAGAAUGAAAAAUAAACAUUAUUAAAAAAAAGAAUAAGAUAACAGGUGACAGAUCAAUGUGAAGUAGGAUGGCAAUUCAAACAAAUAGGAGAUGUAAUGUGCAGUGUCUUGUGCAAAAAUUGCAAACAUAGAGGUAGAUGGUGGUUAAGGCCCGCGGUUCAAAAGCCUGAUGGCCUGGGGAUAAAAACUGUUUGUCAGUCUAGUAGUCCACAAAUCACUGUUCCCCCUUCAGUCAAAAACGAAUAAAAUAUUAAAACCAC